AUGAUAUUUGUUAAGGGUAAGAUUUUAUAUUUCCUUAAAUGGCCUUCAGUUGCCAUAGAGGAAAAUUUUAGUGGUUCCUUUAAAUGUUUAUUCAAUAAAAAUAGGAAUAAAUAUAUAAGGAAUAAUUUGUCAAGAUUUAUUCUUUCGGUUUCUUUAAUUAUGUUCUUUUUUCUUUUUGUUUUAUGUGGCACACUACAAAAUACUGAAAUAUUAAGAAAUGAUUAUAAUAUACUACCAAAAUGUCAUAUUAAUAGAACGUCUAGAAAUUUAGGAAUGAAUAAUCCUGAAUCCAUUAGCUUAGGUUAUGAAAUAAAUGAAAAGGAUGAAGGAAAUAAAAAUGAUAUAAUAAAUAGUGCUACAACUAUACGAAGAGAAUUAGAUAAUAUAAAUGAAAAAAUAUUUCCUGAAAUAGAAUCAUUUAUGCAAGAUCAAAAUGCAUUCAGUAAUACUACAAAUUUACGUAAGGAUUCUUUCGGAUUUGAUAGUUUUAAAACAUUGGAAUUAUCACAACUUAAACAAUUUGAUAAAGAUAGAAUGAGUGACAUGAAAGAUGAAACUAAUGUUAAUCGAUUUGAAGGAUAUGCAGGAAACAAUAUAAGGGGUGGUCAUAAUAAUGUAGUUAGUUCGGAAUUUUUUGAUGAACCAGUAGAUGAUGGUAGUAGCACAGGUGCAAAAUUGAAAAACAUUCCUAUGAAAGAUAAUAACAUUGAACUUUUGAAGGAUGAGCCUAUAGAUGAUUAUGUAAAUAAUAAUUCCAAAGGUGAAUCAGAAGAUAAUUAUUAUGAACAACAGAAUGUCCAAGAUGAACAGUCGAAAGAUAAUUAUGUUGUAGAACAAGAUGUAUCAGAUCAAUUGACAGAUAAUUAUGAUUUAGAACAAGAUGUACAAAAUGAAGAAGAGUAUUAUGAUAGAAGUGGAUAUGUGAAGGAUGUUGAUUCAGAAAAGGAUGAUACUGAACAUCUGAAUGACGUACGUACAGAUAGCAAUACAAGUAAUAAUUUGAAAGAUGAACCUAUAGAUGACGAUACAGAUAAACGUUUAAAAGAUGAACCUGUAGAUGAUGAUAGAAAUAAACGUUUAAAAGAUGAACCUGUAUAUGACGAUACAGAUAAACGUUUAAGAGAUGAACCUGUAGAUGAUGAUGAUAAUACAGGUAAACAUCAGAAAGAUGAACCAAUUGAUAUCGAUAAAACAAAUUUUAAAAAGGGUUUACAUGAACAACAAAUUAAUCCAUGGACUACAACAUUAGCAGAUCUAAAAAAUGCUAAUAAUAGUAUGAAUAUAGAAAAAAAAAAUAAAACUAAUGAACAAGUAAAAAAUACGAGAAGCAAAUCAUCUAAUAUUAUAAAACCUUCAAAGUUUAAUAAAGAGAACCUUUUUGAUCAAAGACUUCAAAGUGUUGAAGGAAAAAAUUUUUUGGAAGGAAGAAGUCAAAAUUUAGAAGGAAGAAGAAAUUUUGAUGAUAGAAUUCAAAGUGUAGAAGGAAGAAGACAUUUUGAUGAAAGGAAUCAGAACAUUAUGGAUAGAAGAAACUUUGAUGAAAGAAAUGAGCAGGUUAAUGAAAGAAGAAAUUUUGAUGAACGAAAUGAGCAGGUUAAUGAAAGAAGAAAUUUUGAUGAACGAAAUGAACAGAUUAAUGACAGAAGAAACUUUGAUGAAAGAAAUGAACAGAUUAAUGACAGAAGAAAUUUUGAUGAAAGAAAUGAACAGGUUAAUGACAGAAGAAAUUUUGAUGAAAGAAAUGAACAGGUUAAUGACAGAAGAAACUUUGAUGAAAGAAAUGAACAGGUUAAUGAUAGAAGGAACUUUGAUGAGAGGAACCAAAAUGUAAUGGAUAGAAGAAACUUUGAUGAGAGGAAUCAAAAUGUAAUGGAUAGAAGAAACUUUGAUGAGAGGAAUCAAAAUGUAAUGGAUAGAAGAAACUUUGAUGAGAGAGACCAAAACGUUAUGGAUAGAAGAAACUUUGAUGAGAGGAAUCAAAAUGUAAUGGAUAGAAGAAACUUUGAUGAAAGAGACCAAAACGUUAUGGAUAGAAGAAACUUUGAUGAGAGGAAUCAACAGGUUAAUGACAGAAGGAACUUUGAUGAGAGGAAUCAAAAUGUAAUGGAUAGACAAAACUUUGAUGAGAGGAACCAAAAUGUCAAUGAUAGAAGAAAUUUUGAUGAGAGGAAUCAGAAUGUUAAUGAUAGAAGAAAUUUUGAUGAUAGAAAUCAACAGGUUAAUGAUAGAAGAAAUUUUGAUGACAGAAAUCAACAGGUUAAUGAUAGAAGAAAUUUUGAUGAGAGGAACCAAAACGUGAAUGAUAGAAGAAAUUUUGAUGAGAGGAACCAAAACAUGAAUGAUAGAAGAAAUUUUGAUGAAAGGAACCAAAAUGUUAAUGAUAGAAGAAAUUUUGAUGAUAGAAACCAACAGGUUAAUGACAGAAGAAACUUUGAUGACAGAAACCAACAGGUUAAUGACAGAAGAAACUUUGAUGACAGAAACCAACAGGUUAAUGACAGAAGAAACUUUGAUGACAGAAACCAACAGGUUAAUGACAGAAGAAACUUUGAUGACAGAAACCAACAUGUUAAUGACAGAAGAAAUUUUGAUGACAGAAACCAACAAUUUAAUGAGAGGAGAAAUUUUGAUGAGAGAUAUCAAAAUGUUAAUGAGAGACGACACUUUGAUCAAAGGGCUCCAAAUAUAGAUGAUCGAAAAUUUUUUGAUCCAAGAAAUCCGAAUGGUCCAGAUGUAAGGUUUCCACAUCCUCAGUGGGGUCCAGGAAUGAUGUAUGGAAGACCAUAUUAUCAUUGGGUUCCAUAUAUGGGUGAUGGAAGAGGUCCAAAUUUUUGGAGUCCUCAUCAACAUAUGGCAUAUGGAAGACCACCUCCCCCCUAUUAUUGGGUACCUCCACAAGCAUUAGAUUAUGUAAAAGGAGGUAAUCCAAUGGAACAAAGAAGAGAAGAAGAAAGGGGAUAUAUGGGAGGAAGAGGUAGUAGUAGAUACCCCGAAGAGGAAAGAUAUAAUUAUAAUAAUCAAAGAAGUAGUAAUAAUAAUAUGCCUGAAGGUAGAAAUUAUGAAGAGAAUGCAUAUGAAAGAGGAGGGCAUAAUAAAUGGGAUUUUCGAAAUAUAUAUGAUAGAUUAAGAGAUGAAGAUGAAAAUUCUUAUGAACAACCUAGUAGUACAUCUGCUAAUAGAGGAAGAGGUAAUGAAAGAUAUCCUCAAUCAAGAGAUAGAAGAGAAGAAAGGUAUAACAAUGGUAGUGAUUAUUAUAGUAGAGGAAAUGAAAGAACAUCUAAUAAUACAAAUCUUAGAAGUAGUAGUACAAGUAGUGGAAAUAGAGAAUUAAUGCCUUACAAAAAGGAGGUAUUACCAUUUGGUGUUAGUAAUUCAGAAUUAGAAGAUACUUUAACAGAAGAAGAAUUAAAUGAAAGAAUAAGAAGAUUAGAUUUAACUGUAUCUGUUAAAGAUAUGUUUAUAUUAUGGAAUCAUAUACUUGCACAUGAAAGAAAAAAAUAUACAAAAAUGCAAGAAUAUUUAAUGUAUUAUAGUCAAUAUUUAGAAAAAACAUAUCAUGUUCCAACAGCUUUUAGAAAAAAAUAUUGGUGGAGGGUACAUUAUAUGUUAACAGAAGAAAUAGUUAAGAGAGAAAGAGCUGAUAAUAUAGAUUUCCAUCAGUUCUUACGUAAAGGAUGUUGUGAAAAACGUGAAUUUAUAUAUUUUAUUAAUUCUAAAAGAAAAGGAUGGGCGGAUCUAACGGAUACAAUGAAAAGUAUAUGGAUGGAAAGAUUGACUUAUAAAAUGAGAAAAUAUAGUGGAGUAUAA